AUGGAAAAUAGUAUUUCUCCCAAUCUCCAAAAGUGGAUAAAAAAGUGUUUGAAGAAAGAGUUUGAAAUUAGUAUACAAAAAUCAUUGGAGGAAAAUGAAGACAGUACCGAUAUAGCUCGAAGAAUUAUGCAUUCAAAAGAAAUGUCUGUUUUUUUGAAUUGUAUAAGAGCUACAAUUGUUGAACAAUCUACUUCAAGAUCUACAUCGACUGUGAUUUCUGAAUCUCGACCUCAAUCAUCCCUUUCUUGCUUUAGUGAUCAAACAAGUGAAGAUUGGUAUUCUUCUUUGAAUAAUGAUGAAUAUUAUAAUGUUAUUGUUGAAAAAAUCAAUCGUGAUAAACCUGCUCAUGUUAGAUUAGCUGGUUACGAAGUUUUAUUAAAAAAUGAUCUAUCAAAUAUAAAUAAUAAUUCAGUGUGGAAUUUUCUUAAAAAGGCUUUACUAGAUAGUCUUACAGAUGAGAGUAGACCUAUUUUUGAAGCUAGUUUACAAGUGCAUGCAAAAUUAUUGUCUUGUUCACAACCACACGAUGUGUAUACAAACUUAUUAGAUGCUUUUAAUGUUCAAUAUCAAUCGCAGAAGAUAUUUGAAAUAUUACCUACUCUAAUUGCUGGAAUUAAUUUUAAAUUUUUCUUGCAUGAAAGAAUGUUUCGUAUUAUACAUUUGAUAAUUCGUUACCAUGAUGAGAAGCUAAAAAGUGCAAGAAAUCCUGAUAAAACUACAGAAGAAUUAAUAGAACAAUUUAUGAGUUUUUUAAGCACACACGAAUUUGGUAAUGCAAUGCAACCUAAGACAUUAAAUAUAUUGAACAUUAUUUCCAUAGUAGAACCACGUGCUGACUGGAGUAAAAAGUGGGUGGUUAGCCUCGCUACCAGAAAAAUGUUUUUAACUGCAUUAGGCAAAUCGCCAGGUUUGUUGCAACAUAUAAUGUACUAUGUACAAAAAGGAUUGGAAGAUCCUCCUCAUUCUGUAACAGUUUCUAUUUAUGAUGAUCCAAUGGAAGUUAUCAUUAAUGGAAAUAUGAUAGAAACAGUAACUUAUCUACACUGUUUAUGUUUUGUGUCGCAGCUCUGUGCUUAUGAAACAGGCAGGAGACUCUUAGUCGAAAGUACAUUUGAAAGACCAUUUUCAGUUUCUGAAUUCUUAUCGGCUUCUUUGAAAGCUCUGAAUAAAUUAUCUGUAGAUACACUGAAUGGUGUAUAUAAUGUCUCUUGUUAUGCUCUACAAAUUAUGUUAGAUAAACCAACAAUUUUAUAUGACUUUGAGUUUUAUCACAUUGCAUUAUGUCAUUUACCUUCGCUUUCUGAAAAUAACAUAAAAAUAUGGCCACACACAUUAAACAUUAUUCUACAGAUGCUAAAUACAACAGAUGGUUCUUUAUUUCUUACCUCAGAAUGUAAAGAACAUACAGUUAAUUUUGAAAAUAAUGUGAUAAAGUGUCCAGCCAUGUUUAUUAUAGUAAUAGCAUCAAAUAUGCUGAAGCAACCUUUCUCUAUAAUGAAUGUUGAAUAUCUUCUUAAAUUAUUCAAAGUAAUAGAAAAAUUAUUUGACAUAUUUGAUGUUUAUGAAAUUAUACAGCAUAAAAUGGAAAAGAAAUUUUAUCCAGCUGUAUCAUAUUUUUAUAAUAAAUUGGAUAAAUCUUAUUUUGAAAAUGAAAACAAAGCACAACAAAUAAAUAGUGCAGUUAAUACACUACUACUUAAAAUAGUAUCUAUACCAUUUGGAUUGAAAGCUCUUGUUCAGGAAUCAUCAGUAUUUCAGGAAUUAAUCGAGGGAUCUAUUGCACCAUUAAGAAUGUCAUGGUCAUCGAUGGAAGUAAUCAACUUUAUAUCAUCUGCUGCAUUUUUUUGUUUGGGAUAUAGUCUACUUGCUAAUCUUGCACCCCAUGUUUUAUCAACUUUGUUUUCACAAACAAAUAUCAUAUUAGAAGAUCCGCAUUAUUUUUUCGAUCCAUGGAAUCAUGAAAAUAUUCAGACAUUUUUUCAUGUAUUAACAUUAUUUUCCCUUAAUUUUAAAUGUUUUUCUGCAUUUAUGACGAAUGCAAAAGAAUCGUAUAGUAACGAGGAACAGAAUUAUCCACUUAAUUUACUUGAACUAUUUAAAAACUCAAUAAAUCCUAAGUCAAAUUAUCAUUACUUAGGACUCUCAUCAUUAAAUACCGUAAUUUGGAAUUUAAAUAUUUAUGUAUAUUUAAUUGAAUUAUUAAACUUUCAGAGCAUUUUGUUAAAACUUCAAAAUUUGAAUACACAAGAAACUGAAAACGAAGAUAUAAAUACAGAAUAUAUUGACGAUUAUACUUUAAUACAACAUAAAAUUAUAUCAAAAACAUAUUUCAUUAAAAGCAUGGAUGAUGAAGAAAGCUCAAAAUCAGAAGAAUACGAUUUACCAAAAUUACCACCCCCAAAAUUAAAUAAUGAAAACGCAUUCUUCUCAAAAACAGAAUGUAAUACAAAACUAGAAAAUUUGCUUCAGGAAGAUAAGCCUGGAUUGUUAGAUAGUAAUUGGGUUCAGCAAGUCAGAGAAGCAUAUAAAGAAUCACCUGAUCCAAUAAAUAACACAGUACUGAUUCAAUUAGUAGAUCAAAUGCAGAAAGCAAUUCCCACUACAGAAAGGGGAGAAAAUUUUCAGUGGCAAGAAAGUGUAUCAUCGAAUACAGAUUUUUGGUUUGCAGAAGAAAUUCAUGGAAUUAAUUUAGCUCUGUAUUAUGCAGAACAAAAUGGUGUUAUGGAAAAUACAGUUGAAAUGAGAAAAAAGUUACAAGAAUUUAUAAAUGCAUCGUAUGCAUUUAUACAAUAUGAAAGAUCAACAAAAUUUGACGGUUUCGAUUGGUUUUUAUCAACAGUGUUUAUGAUUUGUAGUGGAGACAUAGAAAAAUGCAAAUUAUUUAUUGUGCAAUUAAUUCGGUUCCCAAUAACCAUAUUUUUAUGGUCAAAUUGGGGAAAAGUCAUAGAUAAAAAUAUUAAGGAAGAAUGUGCUACUCAAUUUACGUUUAUGCAACUGCUAGAAAGCAUCGUUAGUAAAGAAUUCCCACAUAUAAAAUUUGCACUUAAGAGUACUUUUGGAAUGGAUUGGUCCUUAAUAUGUAACUUAAUGAUAUCUCAAUGCUUUUUGGGUCUACUUCCUUGGUCUCAAAUUAAACAUUUUUUCGCUAUUUGUGUAUUAUAUUCGCCUGAUUACAUAAUAUACUACUGUGUAUCACUUCUGUAUCACUGUCAGCAUACAAUAAUGCAACAUGUGGCAAAUGGCAAGAUGUGGCUUGAACAUAUGUGUAAUAAACAGUAUCUGAAUGUUCAUAAAAAUGCAUUUGUCUAUAAAUUACUUUUGGAUAAGCUUUGUACGUAA